GAGUUCACUGGAUUACUUGCUUUCACUGAUUUCAAAUCCAAAGAGACCACCUAUCCUUGGAUCCGCUUGGCACUGGCUACAUGUCAGAUGUGUGCCAGAGAUGGCAUUUCCAAGCUGGUGAACCCCAGUGAUUUUUCAAAAUUGAAGCAGAAAGGAAUGGCUGUGCAAGUGGCUGCUGCUGAAAAGCUAUUGAUGGAAGCUUGGCAAUUGUGUCAAAGCAGCCCUUUGACCUUGGACCAAAAGGCCCAGCCUAUGGGUCGAUACUUGACCAGGGUUGCUUUGUUUCUGCUUGGAAAGGGCGCCAAAGGCCCUGAGGCAAAGGUCUACAAACAGCUGGAAGAAAUCACAAACAUUUUCACUGCAGAAAUGAUGAGCAUGGGGAAAUAUGGUAAGAUGGAUGUGACAGAGCCAGCAGUGCCUCUGCACAGCAAGCAUCAGUGCCAUGCUACUGCAGACCCAGCCAAAAUUGCACUGGCCAGCUUGAAGAACCUUGAGGUUGGCAAAUACUAUUUCUUUGCCACAGAACCUUUGAAGGUUUACAAGUUUGAAAGCAUUGAUGCCACUAAAGCUGUGCUCCUUCACAAGCCAUUCUUUGGAGCCCCUGACAAAAAAGAGAUACAACACAAGGACCUCAAGGGGUUGAAGUUGUGGGCCAAGCCAAUGCCUACUUUGCGGCCAGCUGAAGCUUUGAAUGCUUUACAGCCCAGUGUUUGCAUGAUGGCUGAAUUUGGUAGGGCCAAGGCCCAGCAUCUCCUGUACCAGAAAUACCAAGAGCUCUUUGGCUUCAAAAUUGAAAGUUGCCCUAUGGGCACACAGGUUUGCUGUGUUUCCUGCACACCCAGGCUGGGUGACUUUGAUCUGGUGGUUUCAAACACCAACCAGCUCUUUGCCAAUAACAAGUUCUCCAAGAAUGAUUUGGUGCUGAUUCCACUUGGCCAUGUAGUUUUGCAGCCCAAAGAAAAAGUCACCAAAAGCUCUGUGGUGCUCCAGCUAGCUGGUUGGAAAUUUGAUGAUGCCUUGGUGGUGUCACACUCCAAGUGCAAUUUUGAAAAGCAAAGUGGCCAUUGGUGCCCUUUCUUCUGGUGCAAAGAAAUGAAAGAGGAGAAGGACAAGGAUGAUGCUGCCCAGCCAACUGAGAAGGCCACCCUGGUCAGGGCUACUGUCAAAAACCUUGACCUGACCAUCCCCUGCUUGAAGAACAAGGUGGCUUUGCAGAUUGGGACCCCUUUGUGGGUAGAGCUUCAAGAGGAAGCCAAGAAGAGGAAGAAACCAUGA